UGCGGCCCAACAUCAAACACCUUGACUGCACUUUCUAGACGCCCUCUCUCUCUCUCUCUCUCUUUCUCUCUGAGCUCUAUUGUGUUUGUGUUGAUAGAUGAAGUUAGUGAAGCCAUUUGAUCUUUUUCAGAUGGUUUUGAAGGCCAAUAAUCUUGAAAGGCGGCUGCUUGGAUUAGAUGUUGGGCAUAAAUAUGUUGGUUUGGCUGUCUCUGAUCCUCAGAACCAAAUUGCAUCUCCUUUGAGUGUUUUGGUGAGAAAGAAGACAAAUAUUGAUUUAAUGGUGAAAGAUUUCCAGACAUUGAUAUCAAGAUUUUCGAUCAUGGGUUUUGUUGUUGGCUUCCCAUACAGUUUGCAGGGUCAGACUAGCCCAGAGGCAGUGCAAGUGAAGCUUUUCAUUCGAGAACUUCAUAAUACCGGAAAACUCGAGGGAAUGAACUAUACAUACUGGGACGAAAACUACACUUCAAAGUGUGUGGAAGCCUUGUUGAAUCCUUUGAAUUUGCAUCCUGUGGAGUCAAAAACAAUUACUGAUAAAUUUGCUGCUACUGGAAUACUUCAGGGAUACCUGGACAACAUGCAAAGGAAUUUGAAGUCACAAUCUCAGAAACACUGAAGCAGUGUACUAAGUCUGAGAAUGUUUGUUGAAUGCAAGUUGUGAAUGUUGUUUAUCAUGUUUGCUUAAUUUCAUAGAAUUAUCUUUCAAUUUAUUCAUUUUGAAUUGUUUUUAUUUAAUG